AUGCCAUCUCUUGACUGCCCCACUACCCUCAUCACCUGGCAGUCGCCAACUUCACUCGUCUUGGCUUCAGGGAGCAUCAUCAACAUUGCCGAGCCAACUUCCUCUCUCUCUCUCUCUCUCUCUCUCUCUCUCUCUCCACACUCUCGUCACCCCAUCUCUCCCCGCCGCUGCACUCGACUGCUCGCCACAAGCAACAUGAAGCGACAAUUCUUAGCCGGUAACAAAUCCACGACAAAGCAGAGGCAGACUGGCCAGCCCCAGCAGCCCGCUCGCCGUCGCCGCCAUCAUCCCCCGGGCGGGCAACCCAACGUGCAAGCCGAGCAAGUCGGAGGCAUCAGUGACGUUGAUGAUGAACCCUCAGAACUGCUGUCCCGCCCUGGACAGGACCAGGCAUCCCCGCUAUCUGCCGCGGAUUCAACAAGCCCGCAACCUGCACAUUCCUGUGUCUGUCCAACCUGCCAGCAAGUCUUUGGUCGUCGAGCCCAUCUCAAACGACACAUGGACACCGUGCACAGUCAAGAGCGACGGCACGUUUGCAAAGAUUGUGACCGCACCUUUCAGCGACGAGACCACCUUGAUAAGCACCAACGACAAAACUGUGGCAAACAACCAACCAAAAAGCCCAAGCGUCUACCCAAGCGUUCCAAGCAGCCUGAUGACGAGCCACCCACGCACACCGCUCCACUCCCCGCCCAGCCUCAACUGUUUUCGGACACACAUGCGCAUGUAGCACAUGAUCUGGACCAGACAAGCGCCAGCGCCCCAGCAGAACCUGUUACCGUGGUGGUUUCAGAAGAAACCCAGGCCAUGCUCGACGUCCUCAACGGUACGGACCUGAGCAACCUGCUCUCCUCAUUGAGCAGCUCCUAUGAUUCGAGCGGCAGAUCCACAUCGCCCUCUCUUCCCAACUCUGACCGCAUCCAUCCUGGGAUGGAAAGCCAAGGCGAAACCGCUUUGCUUUUGCGUGACAAUCCCCUCUCCGGGGACAUCUAUUCGCAAUCAAGCUUCCUCACAGAAUGGAGGCGACAAAUGCGCCUACACUGCGACAACAAGUUCCAAACAGCCCCCAUUCUUCACAGCAGCUCCCUUUCCAGGCCCUUCGCGAAUGAGGCCGUCACCAAGGGCGCUGCCCGACUCAUGGCCGAAGCGUCGGCAAAGAUCAAUCAGCGACAAUCGGUCGACUUUCAAACCUCGGAGAUGGUCCGCUUGGCCUUUGAGGGCGACACGCUCGACAAGCGCCGUACAGCCGUCAAGAAUUGCGUGGUUUUGGCGCGAGAAAAUGCUGGCGCACGCAAACUCUUCCACUGCGAUGCACCUCAACGCUUCAUGGCCCUACUCAAUGAGGAGGAUGACGAUAUUCGGGUCCACACCCUGCACGUCUAUUCAGAGUUGGCCGAGCGCAGCCCCGCCAUGGCCCUACAAAUUUGGCAGCUCAUGAACCAGGACAAUCAAUUGGGCCAGCAUGUAGCUUCGAAGCACAGCAAAACAAACCGCGCUGCCGUGCGCGUGGUCGGAUGCACCCUCAAUGCGCUGGCAGAAAUGGGCGAGGCCUCGGAACAGCACUCAACGGUGCUGGAUACCGUCGUGGCCUAUCUGACCCAGCUCAUCAAGGAUCGUCGGAAUCAAGCGGACGUGCGCAACCUGGCCAUCAAUAUGGUCAUGAAGCAUGCCAAAACCGGUGAUCUAGGGCGCCGUCUUUUGACCGCCGGUGCUGUGCGUGCGUUGCUGGUGACAGCCGCCCUUGCACCAAGCCCGCUUCUGGCGCAGCCCACCGGGGAUAGCGAAGACGAGCAACUCGGCUCAGAGGCCGAAACCCGAGGUCAAGUUUCUGUCGCCUUGCAGCGUAUCUUUGAGGCCACCAAGGUGAAGGGGCAACCGGAUGAGCAGUUUGUCGCCGACUGCAUAGCUCAGGCGCGUUUUGGCGACGAUCCUGUCAGCAACAUACCUCCCACCAAUGCCAUGAUCGCCGUGAUGCUUGCCGUCAUUGAUAUUGGCAAUCAGAUUCUGGAAUCGGGCAACACCUUUGAGUGCCUCAUGAAGAUGGCAGACAGUGACAAUCUGCAGGCCCAGUGCGCUGCUGCCGAGGCGCUAGCCUUUGCGGCUUCGGAUAAAAAGCGGGCACGAGGUGUUAUGAUGGAAGGUUCCGAUAUUCUCAAAAAGCUCUAUGCUAAGGAUCUUCCCAGCAGCAUCCGAGUGCGCGCGCUGUGUGGCCUGUGCAAGAUGGGGGCUGUUGGUGCUGGUGCUCCCAAUCAGCGCACCAUGGACGGCUCCUCCUUGAUCAAUCUCGCCAAAAAACUUCGCCCGUUCCUGGUCAAUGAUACGAAAGACAAUGACACACGACGCUGGGCUGCCGAGGGUUUGGCCUAUCUGAGUUUGGACGCCGAUGUUAAGGAGUUUGCGAUUGCAGAUGAGAACAUUCUAAAAGCCAUUUAUCGCGUUUGCAUGGGCUCAGACCCCACGGUUCAGUAUGCUUUGGCUAACAUGCUGGUCAAUAUGACCAACAGCUUUGAUAAGCCAGAAAAAUCGGAAGAGCAUGAGGAACUCAAGAAACUCGGCAAGUACGUCGGAGAACAAAUCCCAGAGCCCCAUGCCAAGGACUCUGAUGCCUUUGUGCAGAAGCGAGUGGAAGUGCUGCUGAAGCAUGACUUUGUCUAUGCGCUCACGGUCUUGGCACAGAGCCAAAGCGAGGGUGUGCGAGAGCAAGUGGCCCGUGUGCUGCUGGCCAUGGUCGAGAAUCCCAGCCAUCGGGGCAUGGUCAUUUCACAGGGUGGUGCCAAAGCACUUUUACCCUUGGCACGAGAAAACACGCGGCGUGGCAAAGAAAAGGCAGCACAAGCGUUGGCAAAGAUUACGAUCACCACUGAUCCCAGCGUGGCCUUUCCUGGACAACGGGCGUUGGAAGUGGUCAAGCCCUGUAUUGCUUUGCUCUCGCACAUGCACCAGUUGCUCCAGUUUGAGGCGGCCAUGGCGCUGACAAACUUGGCGAGUAUGAGCGACGAGCUGCGACUCAAAAUCAAGCGUGAGAAGGGCCUUCCUCGUCUCGAGGAUCUCAUGUUUGAGGACGAUUUGCGCCUGCGGCGGGCUGGUUGCGAGGCGCUCGUCAAUCUGCUCUACAACGAUGAAAUUUACAACAUGUUUGCCACCAAGGAUGGUCCUCAUUUUGAACGCGUCAAGCUCUGGAUCCUUCUUUCCGGCGUGAUGCAAGAAGACUUUGAUGAAGGCUUGGCUCGAGCCGCCUCGGGUGGGCUGGCGCUGCUGUCCAGCAGUCCCGAUGUGGCCCACCGCAUUCGUGAAGAACCACAAGGCCUGCAGGUUCUCAAGGAGCUGCUUGUGAGCGGAAUGCCAGAAUUGCAUCACCGCGCGCUUUAUAUCAUCAACAACAUGAUUGAUGCCGAUGAGGCGGAAUGUUUUGUUGAGAAGGAGAUGUUGUUGAUCAUUGUCGCCGUCACAUUGACCAGCCAGCAAGCGCAGGUCACGGAACUUGGCCAGAGUGCCCUCAAGAAGCUGAUUGAUCGCAAACUGGUGGAAUCGAUGGAGGCCGUUCAGCGUAUGGCGGCCGAAUCCAUUCAGGAUUUGCAGCACGUUGCAGACCGCUUGAAGGAGGAGGCGCGGGCUCGCGACGGCGUGGUGGAGGAGGAGGAUGAAGACGAGGAAGCUGGUGAGGCCGGAGGGCUGUCUGAAGACGAAGGCGAGGCGGAUGCGGAUGGGCCCACCGAGGUCAUCGUGGCCGAUGCGCCGGAUGACGAUGCCGUUGCCCUUCCUGCAUGCGAUGAGGAUGACGGCCCUAAGAUUGAAGUUUUGGAUUAG